AUGGGCAAAGUUCACGGAUCCCUUGCCCGUGCCGGCAAGGUCAAGUCGCAGACACCUAAGGUCGAGACUCAGGAGAAGCCCAAGACCCCGAAGGGUCGCGCCCACAAGCGUGAGCAGUACACACGGCGCUUCGUCAACAUCGCUGCUACGGGUGGCAAGCGGAAGAUGAACCCGAGUCCAACGGCUUAA